AAUCGUCAAUGAUUGUCUCUUGCUAUUGAAGAUAAAUAAUAACUCAACUGAAUGCGAGUAGGGGAAAAAAACAUUGAGAUAUUGUAAUAAUUGAAUGUAGGGAUAGCCUUGGCAUGGAGAAUAAUUAGGCUUGGUUGUUAGUUAUGUAGAAUAGUUGAGGUCAGGAAAGGUUUUCAAUCGAGCUAAUGAUUGUUUUCAAUCACUCUGUCUUCAAUUGGCUAGACCUAGCUAGAUAACGUUAGAUAGAUAGCUAAACGGAUUAUACUAUUAAAUAAUAAACUGGUGUAGGCUCAUCUUUUGCAUGGGAGACAUGUCUCUGAGUCUGAGACACCACACCAGAGGCAUAGUGCAGCAGGACGAUGCUAACUCUCAAGUUGGAGCAGGGGAUGUAGACUCAAGCUGCUCCUCAGGCCAGUCCACCCCCUCCAGGUCAAGCAGGGGAUACAGCAGUACGACAGGCAGCAGGGUAGACUCUCAGGGGUCAUGCACCCAGUCAGACUACGAGGAGGAGGCUGACACUACUGCAAAUAGGACCUUUGCCCUCUCGCCAAACAAGAAGCCAGGUCUAGGCACGAAGACAGCUAAAACACGAACGCAAAACAAGGGAGGGCAGUGGUCCAAAAAGAAGAAAAACACUAAUUUAAGGAACCGCAAGGCCUCUCUCGUCCCUCCAAUCAAGCCCCUGGAGGGCCCAAACCAGCGCAUUAGGUCUGCCCACAGGCACCGCAUCAAGGAGCUCAACAGCCAAGUGUGGGAGCUACAGCAGCAGUUGAGUGGUGUCGCCACAGAGAACAAACUGCUAAAGCAGCUCCAGGUCCGCCACACAGUGGCGCUACAGCGCUUCCAAGACUCACAGAGUGGCCUUCCCCAGGUCCUGGCCAAGCACGGCAAUGAGGUGCGUGGUCUGCAGGAGCUCCUGCGCAAAGCCCGCAUCCGCCGCAACAGUCUGUCCAGGCGUCUGCGUGGAACGGAGGAGGAGCUGCUGCGUACCAAGGACGUUCUGCACAGGCUGCAGCUGCUCAGCGAGGACCGCAGCCUGAAAGAGAGGGAAGAGCUUAGCCACAGGCUGGCCCUGAUCAGUGUGGACCUGAACAGGAAGAACAAGAGGAUACAGGACUUGGAAAGAAAUUUUGAGCUGAGCCAGAUAUCCUUCAAUCGCCAUCUUGCCACAGAAACAAGGAAGACCAAUGAGGCCAGAGAGAUGUCUGAUUACCUCCAGGCACAGAUCAGUCUGUUGACCCAAAAAAUCAAGGAAAAAGAGAGAGAAUUGGAGAUCCACAAUAUCUACUCACAUAGAUUUCCAAAUGGCUGGAACGGAAAAGGGGCAAGAGAAACUAAAUCUGUUCAAACAGAUGACUUGUCCUCUCUCCCCAUUGAGGCUCCGUGCCAACUUGAACUAGAAUAUGCCUGUUCACUCCAGCAUCUGGAGUUGGAGAAGCAGAAGAGCUUGAGCUGGGAGUCCUUUGCCAUCGACUUCACAGACAGAAGUGACACAGCAGACACGUUGGUGGAUGACAGAGGAUCAAACAAUAAUGAAGACUUUGCGGAGGAUGGAGAGUUGGAUGGUGAUUCUGACAAGGAGAAUCCUCAGCUUCAGGGUGAGGAGGAUUGCCUUGCAGAGAAGGCAGCGAGUUCCCCGAAGGCUUCAGGAGAGCAAACAGAACCGUUUGAAAGCCAGGUCCGGUACACUCUGGAGGAUUUUCUGAAUACAGAACGUGCCAACAAGGCCCUUGAAUCCUCUCCCAGGACCAAACGCCUCUACAAAUUCAAAGAAACCAUCCAGAACCUACACAGUGGAAAGCCUGCCUAUACCAGCCAUACCCACAGCCUGAGAAAGAGCCCUCCUAGAUACAUCAAGAGCCAGGCCAGGGUGGAGAACCUUGGGUCUGGGGCAUAUGAGCCCUCCUUUGUCACUCUACCAGCAGAGAAGUGGCAAAGGCGUGACACCAGGGGCCCUCAACCGGAGGAUGGUGUCGUCCGCAGCAAGAAGAGCAGCUUGAUGAAAGAGCUUUUCGGCCAAGCCCCAAUCACUGAUCCAAUUGCCAUGCAGACAGGCAGAUCCAGAGUUCAAAGUACAGACCUGGACAGAAUGUCAUCUCACCAUACAGGAGAUGCUCGCCCAGUCUCACCUGGGAGAGAGACCAAGAUCAUUUUUGAUUGACCCAAGAACAAUACAAAAUUAUAAUCUAUUUUCACAAGUUGAUUAUUUUAAUAAAUCUUUAAUCUGCCAUGGCAACUCAACGCAUUACUAAAUGGAGUAUUUGUAUACGUGAUAUUUAUAGUGAGUUAUUUACCUGGAAAGUAUUGUUUAACUAUUUGUUACAGAGGUAAUAUUAAGCUAUAUGUUUGUGAUUAGUGCAUCAAACAUUCUCUGACACUAUUGCUCAUGACAAAUUCCUUUACUCCCUUGAAAUCAGAUUGUAAUGAAAGCA